AGGCCGUCUCUGCAGGAUCUAAGGAUGUGGCUGUGCAUGUGGAUGAGGAAACCUGAGCUGGGAGGUGCUUGGUGCCUCACAUCCCCAUCCAACCACCCAAUGCAGUAAAAGCACAAGAGAGCAGUAUAUGGAAGCCAGGGAAGCACAAUAAUGCAGCAGCAGCAUCAGAGGAGUGUGUGACAGCAGCAGCAGCAGCAGCAGCGGGCAGGGAGACCCCAGCACAAGCCCGUGGUACCAUGAGGACAUUGCUCUGAUAUACAACCAUGCAUACUGCAGAGUGCUGGGCUCUAUGGAUAUGCUGCAUGAUUGCAUCUCUGUAUCUGGUCCAUGCCAGCUCCCAGGCAGAUACCUGGCUGACAGAGAUGCAUAGGAAGAAAGAAAACAGUUUCUUGGGGCGACAAGACACCGUCCCCCUGCGUCUGAUCUUCAGCAGCGAGAGGGAUAACCAGACGGUACCGGGGUUGCUCAGCACUCGGGUCAGAGUGGACAGUGAUCAGUCCACCCAUGUUGCGCAGGCCAGCUUCCAGGUAGAUGCAUUUGGUUCUUCCUUCAUCUUGGAUGUUGAACUGAACCAUGAUCUCCUGUCUUCAAGCUACGUGGAAAGACACAUUACUAAAGAAGGAAGCACAGUUGAAGUCAAAGGUGGGGAGCACUGUUAUUACCAGGGCCAAAUCCGAGGGAAACCCAAAUCUUUUGUGGCUCUCUCAACGUGCCAUGGACUUCAUGGGAUGUUCUGUGAUGGGAAUCAGACGUAUCUCAUUGAGCCAGACGAGAAAUACAACCCAGACGAGGAUUACCAGUUACAUUCUGUUUACAAAUCAAAAGUUCUAGAAUUUCCUCUGGACGAGCUCCCAUCUGAAUUCUGGUCACUAAAUGAGACAUCUGUGAAGUUUACUCAGGCAACAAGAUCCCGGAGGAAAAAGAGAAAUGUUCAGCCGAUUCCAAGCAACACCAAGGAUGAGAAUAAAUAUGUAGAAUUGAUGAUCGUCAAUGAUCACCUAAUGUAUAAAAAGCACCGUCUGUCUGUUGGCCAAACUAACAGCUAUGCCAAGUCCGUCGUGAAUGUGGCAGAUUUAAUAUAUAAGGAACAGCUGAACACCAGAAUAGUGCUGGUCGCCAUGGAAACCUGGGCUAAUGACAAUAAAUUCAGCAUUUAUGAAAACCCCCUGAAGACUCUGAAGGAAUUUAUGAAAUACAGAAGGGAUUUUAUCAAAGACAAAAGUGACGUUGUACAUCUAUUUUCGGGGAGUCAGUUUGAAAGUAGCAGGAGCGGCGCGGCAUACAUUGGCGGAGUGUGCUCCCUACAGAAAGGGGGUGGUGUAAAUGAGUUUGGCAGGUCGGAUGUCUUGGCGGUCACCCUGGCACAGUCCCUAGCCCAUAACUUGGGCAUUUUCUCGGAUAAAAAGAAAGUAAUGAGGGGGGAGUGCACUUGUGAAGACAAAUGGUCUGGCUGUAUCAUGGAAGACAUUGGCUACUAUCUCCCAAGCAAGUUUUCCACCUGUGACAUCGAGGAGUACCAUAAAUUUCUGAACAGUGGCGGUGGCGCCUGCCUGUUUAAUAUGCCCUCCAAGCUUUUGGAUCCUCCCGAGUGUGGCAAUGGGUUUGUGGAAGCUGGGGAAGAAUGUGAUUGCGGCACUAUUGCGGAGUGUGCAGCAGAGGGAGGGGACUGUUGCAAGAAGUGCAUGUUAACGGAGGGCUCGCAGUGCAGUGACGGCCUGUGUUGUUCAGAGUGCAAGUUUAACCCUAAAGAAAUGCUGUGUCGAGAAGCAGUGAAUGACUGUGAUAUCCCAGAGAUGUGUACUGGAAAUUCCAGCCAGUGUCCCCCAAAUAUACAUAAACUGGACGGAUAUCAAUGUGAGGACAAACAGGGUCUUUGUUCUGGCGGGAGAUGUAAAACCAGAGACCGACAGUGUAAAUAUAUCUGGGGCGACAAGGUGGCCGCUGCAGACAGAUAUUGUUAUGAAAAGCUGAAUAUUGAAGGAACUGAAAAAGGCAAUUGUGGCCGAAACAAAGACACCUGGAUACAGUGCAGCAAACAGGACGUCCUUUGUGGUUAUCUGCUGUGUACAGACAUUGCCAGUGUGCCAAGACUGGGUGAACUUGACGGACCAAUUACAUCAUCUUCCGUCUUACAUCAAGGCAAACUAUUAAAUUGCAGUGGUGGGCAUGUGAAGCUAGACGAGGAGACUGACAUUGGCUAUGUAGAAGAUGGCACGCCUUGUGGAACAGGGAUGAUGUGUCUGGAACAUAGAUGUCUGCCGAUUGAUCCAUUCAAUUUCAGCUCAUGUUUGGGAAGCACAAACAAAAUUUGUUCUGGAAAUGGGAUCUGCAGCAAUGAAGUGAAGUGUGUCUGUGAUAAAUACUAUACAGGGGAUGACUGCAGUAUCUUUUUCCCUUACAAAGACAUGUCUAAAGUGGAUAAAGAGCUUAUUGAUGAAGGGGUUGUUAGUACAAACAUAAUCAUAGGAGCUAUUGCUGGUACCAUGCUAGUGCUGGUGUUGGUGCUAGGCAUUACGGCUUGGGGUUACAAAAACUAUCGGAGAGAAAGACAAAUUCCCCAGGGAGAUUAUGUAAAAAAGGCUGGAGAUGUCGACUCUUUUUAUAGCGACUUGCCUCCCGGAGUCAGCUCAAACUCAGCAACUAGUUCUAAGAAGAGGUCUGCUAUUCUGUCGCAUUUUCAGAUAUCUGCCUGUUCCAUCCCACAUUAUUCCAUUAGUCAGAACAUUUCAUUAUUUUGCAGAAGAUCUAACGGCAUGUCUCACUCAUGGAGCGAGAGGAUCCCGGACACUAAACACGUUUCCGAUGUUUGUGAAAAUGGGCGUCCAAGGAGUAACUCCUGGCAAGGUAACAUAAGCAGCAGCAGGAAAAAACUGCGAGGAAAGCGGUUCAGACCACGUUCCAAUUCCACUGAGACACUGUCGCCUGCCAAGUCUCCAUCAUCAUCUACGGGAUCCAUUGCCUCGAGCAGGAAAUACCCAUAUCCUAUGCCACCACUUCCAGAUGAAGAAAAGAAGCCCAGCAGGCAGAGCGCACGGGUACGGAACACAGACUGUCAGAGGCCCCUGUGAGGCACUGGGUCUAGUCCUGCAAUUUUCAGGGCUGUGGGAGACAUCUAUCUAGAAGAGCCGGAAGUUUUCAUCAUCAGAAAAAAGUAGCAGCUUGGGAACAGUCACCUGCCUUCAGUCCUCAUCCGGUCUGCGCUUGUUCAUCAUUCCAGACUGAAGGACAAUGGACUCACUGUUGUUUACAGACUUUUGCCUUAGAGAAGAGGCUCUCACUACCAAUUACAUUUGCCCCAUUCCGGAGGAUCCAGGACACGUCCGAAUAUUAAUGCUAGAACAACAAAAAUGACAGAAAUGUACUCGGAUGAGGGAGACGUUUCAUGCAUGACCGAUAUUGUUUUUUAUGCCAGGUAUAAUUCACUUAUUCUGUAGACCAGAUGUCUAAAUUUAUUCCAGCAUUAGCCAGCCAUUGUAUAGCAGGAAGCCAGCCAAGCCAUGAUCGUUCCGUUGCACGACGGCCCCUUGUGGUCAGUUCUGUUCAAUGCAUGCACAUAUUAAAUUUGCCACUUGCUAUACACACAUCGUACUCUUACUAAGCAUGGAACCAUAGAUGAUGACGAUGCUACUCUUUUAAUUUUUAUUUUAUUUUGAAGAGCCAAAUUUUUUAAGCUAUUAUUUUUGCCUAAAUCAGGACAUUUAAAAACAAAAAACCCACAUACACGUUUUGUACAUAUGUACAUUUUAAAUUGUAAAAAAAAUGAAUAAUACCUAUAGUACAUUAUUUUGCGAAAUGCGUAAUGACGUGAGCACACUUUUACUUUUGCACCAGAAUGGUCUUGAAAAAAUGUAACACAAUUAAACUUCUACGUAGAGCACUGACGGAGAAAGGGUUUAGGCAAUCCUUGGCUCUACCAGCUGUUGUGGAGCUGGCAGUGCCCUGCUGGGACUACUAGUUCCCCAGCAGCUGGAGAGUCAUGGGAUUCCACUGAUGUAGUACAUAUAGACGAGACAGAGAAUCAAUACAUAGAUUUUGAAAUGUAGAUAUAAAUAGAGAUUUCAUAUGUGAGUGAAGAAAAUGGCACAAAGAACGUGGAAGUUUGUGCCGUAUAUAUUUUGCAGGAAAAAGAAUAUCGACAAAGAUGGGACAGUAAAUUCUGAACACAUAAAAUGUAUCUACAAUUCUGCCAGAUAUAGAGGGAGUUGUAUCAAGUCUUGGAGAAAGAUAACAGUACUGUACCAACAAUCAGCUCCUAACUGUCAUUUUUCAAGCACAGCCUGUAACCCGACAGAAAGGGGCUGAUUGGUUAGUACUUUAUCUCUCUCCGCAGCUUGAUACAAUCCCUCUUACUCUCUUAGCGGAACGUCAUGGUUGUAUAGGUUUGCCAGGUAUUUUUGGCAUGUGAAAUCCAGAUAAUGACAAUAGGGGUUAUGAAAUUGUCAUCGUUACUACGUCCAUUUACGGAACAGAAUUAUACAUUGUGGAUUCUGAUUCAUUUUUUGUGUUGGUUGUUACAUAACAUGAAGUUUCCAGUGUUGGCCCUCUAGCGGUAAAGCUACAAGCUGAAAGGCCAGAGUCCUCCAACCCUACUACAACCAGUGCUGUGCCUUUCUGAUGCAUCUAUUGAAAUAGGCAGCAGUCGUCUUAGACACUUCAGGGCUGAUUUAGUAAAGUGGUGUAUUCUGAACACGUGUGCUGUAGCCCAUGGUGACCAAUAGGGUGUUAGCUUUCAUUAGCCUGACUACACUGGACUUAUAAAAGCAGGUAUCUGAUUUUUUGUUACGCAUCAUCAUACCCUCCAACACUGGCUAACUGAAAUUCAGUACAAACAUUCUAAGGGGGCGUGGUCACUUGGCAAGGGGGCGUGGCUAAGCUGUUCUCCCAUAGGCUUUAAUACAAAUGGGAGAUGCUGAAAACCGGUACAAGGACCUUUUUUUGCAGGUACAGACCAUAAAAAAAACGGUGCUGUACCUGCCAAAAAGGUUCAUUUGGAGGGUAUGCAUCAUUGCACUUUUGACCAUGUUAUUAAAGGCAAGGUUGCCUUUUUUUGUGAUACCCUGCAACUCCUGCCAUGUCCGGUAAGCCAGCUCUACCAUGUCCUCAGCCAGCCACCACCACAGUGUCAUCCUGCCUCUCUCAUUGCCUUUGAGCAAAGUACAACAACAAUAAACCUACUUGUGCUGCACAGACCCAGUGAUGGAAAGUUCCUACAUCAGGCUUAUGCUGGAGAAAUGACAGCAGCGACCCGUCUGGUUGCUACGGGUUAUACAGCACCUUGGUACACAUUGCACCAUGUUAUUAAAUAACAAGCCAUGGGUAUGUUUUGUAUGAUGGGGAACUGUUUCUGCAUUGCUAAAGAAGUCCAGCAUUAACUCUUUAUAAGGCAGACAAAGUGGAAUGUAACACAUUUUUGUAAUGCUUUACCUAGUUUCAACCGUGUCGUAGCUUUUUAGCGUGUAAGUGUUUGUGUAUGCCUCGUAGUGGUCGGUUUUAGAGAUCUGCGAAUAUUCUGUAACUGGUGAAGUUCUAGCUUUUACCAAAAUAAAUAUGGACUUUUAUGCA